AUGACCAACUCUAACUUCAACCCUGCGGCUCCGGCUGCCACUGGCCAAAAAAGAAAGAUCAUCAUCUUCUCUGACUUUGAUGGUACAAUCGCCAUGCAAGAUACAGGCCACAUCCUCGUCGACCACCAUGGUUGCGGCACAGAAGCCCGCAUCAAACUCGAAGAAGAGAUCAAUGCAGGCACACGAUCCUUCCGUGAAGUCUCAGAGGACAUGUGGGCAUCCCUCCACGUCCCCUUCGAGGACGGUUUCGUCGUCAUGGAAAAGACCAUCGAAAUGGAUCCCGGAUUCCGCGAGUUCCACCAAUACUGCGUCGCAAACGGCUUCCCAUUCAACGUUAUCAGCGCAGGCUUGAAGCCCAUUCUUCGCAGAGUAUUGGACACAUACCUUGGUGCUGAGCAGUCAUCCUCAAUCGACAUUGUCGCAAACGACGCAAUCAUCAAGCCCGACGGCUCAGAAUGGAAGCCCAUCUGGCGUCACGACGACUCAUCAUCCGGCCACGACAAGGCGCGUUCCGUAAAUGAAGCCCGUCUGGCCGCACAGGCUGAAUGCGAACCUGGCGAGAUGCCAUUAAUCGUUUUUAUCGGCGACGGAGUCUCAGACCUCCCCGCAGCACGGGAAGCGGAUGUCUUAUUCGCGCGCCGUGGACUCCGACUGGAAGAGUACUGCAUUGAGAACGGCAUCAAGUACACACCGUUUGAUACUUUUGCCGAUAUCAAGCGUGAUAUUGAGAAACUCUCUAAGGAGGAUCAGGAGAAGACUGGUGGUGUUGGUAAGCCGAUUAGAUACAACCCGAGGGCUAAUUUGUGGAGGAGAAUGUCGAGCAAGGAGGCUGUGCCGACUAUCAUGGCCGCUGCUACGCCUUCGAAGGAGGAGAAGAUGUUCCUUUGGCCGGAGACAUUUUCGGAGACGAAGCCAGGGACCAUUGAGGAGAGGGAGGAGCCUAUUGCUGUUUAA